AUGUUGUUCUCUGGGCAGGAAGUCAUCGUCGACUUUCACCGCGCCAAGUGGCUCCCGGAUGAUUGGGGCCAGGGUGUCAAGUGCACCAAUCGCAUUGCGCGUAGCCGCGGUGGUGGCGGAACUUACACAGUGAUUAUCAGCCCGGAUGGUCGCGUAUUCUACCAUCGCAAAGCUGCGGAGGAGCACUAUGGCAAGUCCUUCAGUGACGAGUUGGGCUUCCAGGGCCAGGUGCGCUUGGCGAAGCUGAAAGCCAAAGAGGCCGUUCAGCUCGUUCGCCUGCAGAUCAAGGAGAUUCCGAACCGACCCAAAGGUGACAUUCGGACGGAUGCAGCUGAGUCGCUUUUCAAGCUUCUGUCUCCAGAGGAGAGGAAAUGCAUCCCAAAAGCGUCGGAGUUCCACUUCUGCGUGGUCUCAGCUCGCCGCGCGUCGACAGUCGAAGGUGUCCAGGACAUCUUCAAGGUGCAGUGCCAGUUUGACGAGGCAGGAGUGGUGCCGACUUGGUACGUGGAUUCUGACAGCGUCAAGGAGUACCGCAAACUUGGCCUGCAGGCAGUCGAAGGCGGGCGCCUCUGCCCUUCGCGGAACAAGGCUCUGAAGGAUGCAAAUCUACUGGGAAAGAUUUGCGUCCAGGCUUCUGACGACAUUUCCGCGUGGGAGUAUCGACACGGCAAGCGAGCUGCCAGCAGAGAUGAUGCACUGUGCAAUGCAGCCUGGGCGAAAGCGAAGCGGUAUCUGCUGUCUCCGCUCACCGCCGCCCAGUUCAUCGUCGCAAAGAUGAGAGGCAGCUGUUCUCGCACCAUGGCCGGUGAGGAGUUCGGAACGAAGCACUUCAUCCUUGGCGAUGUGGCAGCAAAAACUGAUAGGCACGGGGCGCUGCCGUGGACGGGGAUGCUGGGAGGCUCUGCGUUAACGUCGAACUUGAACUUUCGCGGCGGGACGAUGCUGAUGGACGGGGAUGGGGGCUGCAUUCUGGGGAGGCUCUGGGUGCCGAACGUUCGCGACAGUGUUUUCAACCUGGUUUCCGAAGCGUUGCCAGACUCGGAAGUCCGAAACCUUACAGAUUGGGAUUGGGUUGUGAAUCGAGCGAUGCCUGUGAAGAAGCGGACACAUUUGGCUGGCGCUGGAUUGGCGCUUCUGUGUGUACCGGCUACCACCUCUUGGUCCUUCAUUUACUUGCUAACAGCUCCUGAUUGGAAAGAAAAAGUCUUGCGCCUUCGAGGUCUCGUACCUCCUCCGCGGCCAAGUCAAGAGCAAUGGAUGGCUUCUUGGUCGAAGGUAGCGAUUCUGCGUGCGAAAUGUUCCCGGAAUUGGAAGAAGUCUCCGAAGCUGAGAGAUGAAACGCUGCGGAAUUUCUCCGCGGACAUUCUGACAGACUUUGUUGCCUUGAUUCCCCCUCUGGGUACGACCGCUGGACUUUUUCGAUGGUUCCUGGAGGUUUUGGAGCUCUGGUGCUCGGAUGCUCUCGGCGGCGACAUUGUUCUCGAACUUGUGGGAUCUCAAGUGCGUGGGACGUCUUGCUUGGAUGGCUACGGUGAUUUGGACUUUCAGGUCUCGAGGCGACCGGGCACGGCUCGAGCUUAUGAGCCUUUCACGGAGACUGACAAGUUACGCGUCGCACAGAAGCUUGAGCAGCAGCCCUUCAUCACAAACUUGACCAUCGGGAGUAUUGCUAUCAAGUUUUCCUUGGAUGCAGUAGUAGGUGUGAUGAACGUCGAUCUUGUUCUGUGGAGGGAGCGGCCAGAAGAGUUUCCCGCACUUCGCGGAGGGUCGAAUUUCUACAGCAAUUCAAAGAAGAUCAAUGCUUGCUUGGAUGAAUUCCCUGCUGCGAAAAAUGCUCUAAUUGCGAUAAAGAGGUAUUGCAAAUAUGACCGUCCCAAAGGGCUCCUCCUUGAUGCCAUUGCCUGGCGACUGUGGCCAAACGUAAAGGACCGCAUGGACCGCGACACCUUGUUGAGAGUCCCUGAAGACUACACAUGGCAAGUGCAAGCUACGGAUGACGAGCAGCUUUUGCAUCAACUCGCGAGAUUCCAAGGUACGGAUGAGGAGCUUGAGGAACAACUCGCGAGAUUCACGACAGUGGUGUCGUUUCGUUUUUUUCAAAUAAUGCUUGACGAGCUCCGGAAUUGGAAGAGCUCGCGUUAUUUCGGACGCGAGCUGCAACAAGAUUUGAGCAACCUUUCGGACAAGCAGAGGGACAAGUACACUUCAGGCUUCGAGAAUAUUGCCCGUAUCACGAAUACAGAACUGCAAUUCCGACUGUUGUUGGGUGCCGCCGAAAGCAGGCUAGCGACAACCUCUUCACAGUCACACCGGUCUACACUCCCCGCCGCAGCAGAGGAAGCGCUUAAGCACUACUUCUCCGCAGUCUUGGAUCAAGAUGAUUGUGACUUCUUCGUGGUUGACACCGGUUCGAAGGUUCGCUUCGACGAGAACUUGAACCUGAAGGAAGAUUAUGACUUCACUUGCUCACACAUCCGAGCUCACGGGGGCGUCAUGCGCUGCAACCGCAUGACCCUGACGGUCAAGCACUACUCGAACAGUGGCGGUGCGUGCUCGAACCGGGACAAGAAGGGCAAGGAGGAGCAGCGCAACAUCGGCAUACUUAUGGACAAAUGGCCGCGGGCCCUACGAUUCAACCCCAAGCGCACCAACGAGGUUAUAAUGAGCUGGCCGGCAGAUGAUGAUGCCGAAGGCAAGCACCAUGAAAAGAGGAAGCCGAGCCAAAGGCCAGGCGCGGGCAAGCCGGGCAAGACCAAGGCUGUGGCGAAGAAGACGAAGGUGGCGCGGCCGAAGGCGCAUCAUCCGAGCAAUGCCGUCAUCCUGCAGACAGAAAAGAGCAAGGAGGCGAACAACGCACGAAUUACGCCCUAUGUCGCCAGACGUUGUGGGCGAGUCAGUGGCAAGAGGGUCAGCGAGGUCCUCGGCCGGCUCAAGUACACCACAGCAGAAGGAGAGACUCGAACGUACGUGACGAGCGAUCUGAGCUACGAUCUGCAGCGGGGCUUUGUGAAGCUUAAGGCCUGGAGGCUUCGAAAUCUGGCUGAGACGUGGUCCUCCAUGGACGUGACCGGGCAGAGCCUGGAUGUCCGCGCUCUCUCUGCAGGCCUUGGAGCAUGUGCUGCUGGAGCCAGAUGGCAGGCCUCCGACUCGGUAGGUAUGGUGGUUGCGACCAGCCUUGCCAGGCCAAACGAAGUCGGAUGCAGUGCAGCCAUUGCAGCACUCGUCCGUGCGGAUCGCUGGCAGCAGGCCCUCUUCUUGUAUGGCAUCUUCGAGUCAGAGCUGGAGUCCGCUGACCCCGUCUCCAUGGGGGCAGCCAUCAAUGCCUGCGCCGAAGGAUCUCACUGGGAACGGGCGAUCUCUUUGCUGGACCAAAUUCUCGACUUGCAUGCUCUGAAACAGGAACGAGAGGUGCAUUCUGCUCGCACAGUGCAGGUUUGUCGCAAUGCCGCAAUCACAGCGACCGGGCGUGCCUCUCGAUGGGCCUGGGCCCUCCACAUGUUCCUCACGCUGGGUCGCGCAGAUGACGUUGGCUGCAGUGCCGUAGUCAAUGCCUGUCAGCGAGCCACACAAUGGGAACAGGCUUUGCACCUUCUUCGCUUUGCACCGAAAGGUCGUGAUGAGGGAGCCGUCACAGCAGCGGCCUUAUCCAGAGAAAAGACUGGGCGUUGGACGGCUGCUCUGAGCCUGCUGCGGCGUGGAGGAAGCCUGCCAUCUUGGAAUACCGCCAUGAGCGCCUGUGAGAAAGCCGGCUUAUGGCAGCUCGCCCUGGUUCUCUUCUUGCAGCUGCCUGACUUCCGUCUCUCCCCAAGCGGAGUGUCGUACAACACUGCCAUCUGCGCCUGUGAAAGGGAAGGCCUUUGGCAAGACGCUCUCUUCCUACUGUCUCAACGACGAGAGCUUGAGGAGGCUGACAACAUCGCUGUGGGAUCAGCAGUAAGUGCCUGUGCCAAGGCCGCUCAGUGGGAACGGGCUGUGGCAAUGGUUCUGAAGCCAUGGGACCUUGCAGUCCUUUGGAGUGGUCUGGUGGACUCCAGGUGCUACUCGGCCGCUCUUCUCUCCUGUCAGAAGGUCUCCAAGUGGCUCCAAGCUCUGGACCUCUUCAGGGGCUGGGCCCCGGCCCAGGCGGCAGAGGCCGCCUCGGACCUGGACCGACCUUUAGAGCCGGCGGACUAUGCUUUUGCUGCUGCUGCCUGUGAUGAAGCGCUUCGUGCCGGCCCUGCGUUGGAGAUACGGCAUGCGCUGAGCCAGAGCCAUGUACUGCGGAGGUCAACUGCUGCACUGGAUGCUGUCAUUGCGAUGGAUACAAUGGCGGCUUGCGACUCCUCUAGCAAGCUUCUGGGAGGCCGAUUCGUUCAAGCGGCGUUGGCUCCAGCACUGAGUUCUCUGCAAGGUGGUCUUUGCAGCCACGAGGUACUAAUCUGA